CAAUGUAGUGAAAAACAGUUGCGCAAGCACAAGGCAUGUUAAACACGCCCCCAUCUCUCUCCCAUAUUUUCUCUCCGUACCACUCUACUAUGUGCCAAGCCAAUUCAUGGCCAUUUUCCUGAACAACACUCCCAACUAAACAAAACCCACCUUCUUUAUAAGCGCCAUGAAAAAGAUCCGCCGCUUCUACCUCAAACACCGAGUCAAAACCCUCUUCCAGCGUCUUUAUCGCAAGACCCUAUCGCCUUACAAGUACCUUCGCCUCGACUCGGAUCGGAAAUUCGGGUCUCAAGUUUCGAAGAUCUUUAGCCGCUUGAAAACAAAAGCCAGGGCUAUAUGUGGAAAGUCUCCGGGUCAGGGCUACAUGCCCGUGUUCGAAGAGCCGUUUCAAGAAAAGCCGAGAGCUGUGCCGAAGGGUCAGGUCGCUGUUUACGUGGGCCAGAAAGAUGGUGAGCUGAGGAGGAUUUUAGUGCCUGUGAUAUACUGUAACCACCCGCUGUUUGGUCAGCUUUUGAGAGAGGCUGAGGAGGAGUUCGGGUUCGAUCAUCCGGGCGGGCUCACGAUUCCUUGUCGGAUCUCGGAGUUUGAGAACGUCAAGACGAGGAUUGAUGCCGGGAGAGGUGGCCGGAAAAUGAUGACGUGGAAGUGACUGUGGUGGAGUUCUGGAAGGGGGUUUGUUUAGUGAUGAUGAUGACGACUAUGAUUAGAAAACAAGGCAUCCAUGACGGGUGGUUUUAGAAUUUUCUUCGCCUAGUUGUACUUUAGGUUUACUUUUGUGUUUCGGGUUUGUAUAUUAUUCGUAUACAAGUUUGAAAUUUUGCGGUUAA